UUAUAUUUUAUGCAUAUUUAGUUUCUUCCCAAGUGUGUGCUAAUGGUUAAUACGGUGCUUUCUCUUAAUUAAAAUAAUUACCUCGCCUUCAUCAGAUCUGGUUGUUGGUUGAGCCGCCUUUGCUUGUGUGCAUCUCGAUUAAUUUAUGGGGUAGCUUAUCGUCUAGCUCACAGGUUUGGAGUUGAAAUUUGAAACAUAGCGUAUCAUAUUUUCAAGCCUUUGAUGACUCAGACUGAGACCUCAUUUUAGUAACUUUAACGAGAGGUUUUGUUUGACUUAUUCGCGUGAAAUGGCAGAGCUUUUUGGAUAUACAGCAUGCAGACAAUUAUUGCAAAUGUUCAUUUCAAUUAUAUUCUUCCAUGUUUCCGAGUACAUUCUGGCACUUGUCUUUCAUGGGAAGUCGAAUGUAUCUUUUAAGUCGCUUUUGAUAAGCAAACAUUAUGUACUAGCAAUGUUUUGCUCCUUGAUAGAAUACCUUAUUGAAAUCUAUUUCUUUCCCGGCUUAAAGGAAUAUUGGUGGAUAAGUAAUUUUGGCCUCGCAAUGGUUGUCCUCGGAGAAAUCAUAAGGAAGUUGGCAAUUGUGACAGCAGGCCAAGCCUUCACUCAUCUAAUAAAGGUUUAUCAUGAGGAAAAUCAUCAGUUGGUUACGAAUGGGAUCUAUAGAUUUGUCCGGCAUCCCGGUUACUGUGGUUUCUUCAUCUGGUCUGUUGGUACACAAAUAAUGCUAUGUAAUCCAAUAUCAACCAUUGCAUUCACAGUUGUUGUGUGGAAAUUCUUCUCGGGAAGGAUACCUUACGAGGAGUUUUUCCUCAAGCAGUUCUUUGGUUCUGACUACGAAGAUUAUAUGAGAAAAGUUCCUUCUGGUAUUCCACUUGUGAGGUGAUUAUAUCCUCUUCAGUGCUCUAUAUAUUCAUGCCUAACGUCAUCUGCUCAUCGGUGCUGAGAUAACACUGUUUAUGAAUUUUAUCUUCUUAGACACUCUUUACAGUUUUCAUAACAUGAAGUUCGCCAGAAAAAGGUUCCUCCUAGAUAUAACUUCUGAGGUGAUGCUUCUAUUAACCCUUGUAUAGCGCGUUUAUCUUAUUUGUAUCAUCAUGUUUUCGUCGUAUCAUGUCUUUGUUAAGACUUAGGUAAACUGUUCUUGUGGGGAGCUGUAAGUUAUAACUGUAUUUGUAUUUAUGGCUUGAUGGGACAGUGUUUUUAUCAUACUCUUAAGGAGAAGAAAGGCUUUGUAACAUUUUCUUUAUUUGUCAAUUCAUUACCACAUUUAUGAACAUUCAUAUUUCUAUUA